AUGACUUCACCAGACAGUGACAUCAAGGCGAUAGCCAAAGAGAUUAAAUAUAACUCGCUCAAAAAGGAACAACUUGAGGAGAGGAAAAAGAUCCUGCUCGUAUUUCAAGAGUUAAGGAAUCGCGUUGAUUCUGGACAAACAGAGGAAGCAGACUCUAAUCGGAAGGAAAUUGACAGCAUUGAUGAAAAACUGGAAGAACUGCAUCAGAAACAGGCCGAACUCCAGAAAAGCUACGAUAACAUGCUCAACAGCAUCAAAAAAGAAGCGGACAAAGAGCACAAGAAAGAGGUCCAUUUCACCCCCGAAGAGAAUGUACAUCCUCCUUCUGGCUCCUCUAAUGUCGUCUAUGUUGAGCCUCCGCCUACCAUCCCAGCCCCUACAGUAAUUCUGGACCUGAAAAAACUCCCAACAACUCCAUGCAGGACGCAGUGCCCAGAGUGUCGGCAGUUUGUCACCACAGAAACCUAUACCUCUGUCAGCAGUGUGACAUGGCUAGUGUGCAUCACGGCUGCUUUAAUAGGCUGUGCAGCUGGUUGUUGCCUCAUCCCCUUUUGCAUCGAUAAGUUCAAGUCCGUCACGCACAGAUGUCCUAAGUGUCGAACGUCAAUCCAAACCAUUAAAAAGCUCUGA